UGGUUAUUGUGUUGUGCGACCUACUUCAACUGAUUGUGUGGACUUCAAAGGCAAAACUACUGCAAUUACUCUAGGUUGAAAAUGGGGACCGGUCGCUGUUAUGUAUUCUUAUUUUGCCUCUUUGUGUGUCACGUAACCAUGGUGGUGUUUGCGCAGAGCCCUACUCCCGUUACAACAUGCGCCUCAAAGACCAACACAAGCUGUGGAGAGUGUUUGAACAAUGUAACGUGCCUGUGGUGUGAGAGCACCGGGGCGUGUGUAGAUUACCCUGUGAGGACGAUCCUGCCCCCUGCCAGCCUCUGCCCCCUUCCUCAGGCCAGAUGGGGCGUCUGCUGGGUGAACUUCCAGGCCCUGAUCAUCACCAUGUCUGUGGUGGGAGGGAUCAUCCUCCUCGCUUUCUGCGUCUGUGUGUACCGCUGCUGCUGUUCCUGCGGACCCUCGAAGAGGGACAGACGAGAGGAGGAGAGACUGGAACGGCAAGCAGACGUGAGAAAGAUGAAACACGAGGAGAGGAAAGCAGAAAUGCGAAGUCGGCACCAGGAGAUCCGGCAGAAAUAUGGUCUGACCAGCGACAGCGGCUACACCAAAUUUGAGAACAACUGAGACACCACCACCCUGGUUUGAUGGCCUCAUCAUUUAUAAAAGUUUCUACAAUCCUUUCACUCAUUCAAACAAACUUACUCCCGAAACUCUGCCAUCUUGGUAAGGUUGUGUUACCGCCAUGUUGGUAAGGCCACCUGGGGAGUAUGCCAAGAAACUGGCUAAGUAGUAAAUCCAGGUUAAGUUAAUCUUGAGGUAGAGGUAAAUCAUCUAAUACAAGAGCUUGGAGUCAUUAUUGUCUGAACUAAAUGUCACCUGCGGGCUCUCUAAUUUUUGCAGAUUUACCACUUCAUGCAGUUUAUUUUAGCCAGAUUCAUCACUUAGCCAUGUUCUUGGUAAGCUCUCCUGGCCUAGUGUCUUCUCCACACCCUCGGCAGGGUUGUUGCCUCCCCUCCCCCUUCUCUCUUAUUAAACUGACCUCCCUCUCUCCCCCUGACCUCCUCAUAUUGCUGAGAAGGGACAAGGGUGCCGUGAAGAUGGAUCAGUCUGAUGCCUGAUGACGCUCUGUAUCUGUAUGUGUUUGGAAGUGAUGGUGCAUGUGUGUGCGCGUGUGUGUGUGUGUGGUGAGCGAGAGUGACAGAAAGAGACACGUGUGUGUGUGAAUGGGAGAGUGAUUGUGUUCAUUCUGUGGUUGAUUACACUGUACGUGAUUGUAAAAAGCCUUCUUGCUGUGCCAAAGCCAGGGGUAGCAAUGUGUAGCACCUGCCUCUGUUGGCAAUAGGUAGCAUCUGCCUUGGUUAGCUGAUCAAGAGGACUUUCAUUUUCUCUCCUUUUAUUGUGAUUUUGUCUCUUGUCUUUUUCUCCUGUAAUGUAAUACAUAUGUUGUAAAUCAAUUUGACCAAAAUAUAGUUUCAGUUUCAAUGAUG